GUGUGUGUGUGUGUUUAUCUGAGUUGACUCGUGAUUGAAGUGAAGUGAGCCAGUUUUUUUUCUCUCUCCCUCUCUCUCAUUCACUCACUCACUCACUCACUCACUCACUCACUCUCACUUUCACUCUUGCUUUUGUUUAUUGUUUUUUUCACGUUCUGUUCUUUGUUAUUGUUGUUUUUCUCGUGUUUUUCUUCGUUUUCUUCUUUGUUUUGUUUCAGCAUGGCGACCCUUAAAAGCCCAGUAAAAUCCAGAUCACCCUCUCCUGCCCUCUCCACCUCGCCUGACCUCCCUCUGACACAGGCUCGCCUGCAGAAACCACAGGACUCCUUCUUGUCAGACACCUCAGAGGACGAGCCGGAGCUGCAGGGCCUCUCAACCUCCUCUGUAGAAGCCUCCCCAUGUACGUCUCCUGCCCCUCCGAGGAUCAUUAACUACAUGCCCAAGAAAGUGCAGUUUGUCUCCGCCAGUGUCCACGGUGACGAUGGGGGAGGGCUGCACGAGGCGCCGUCCCCACGCCAACAGCAGGUGGUCGGUGGCGUGCAGGGUCCCGCCAUCGUGGUGUCCGACCCUGACGACGCUGAGGUCCUCCUUCUGGCGCAGUCCGCAGGGCAAGGAGAAGGGGACGAGGGCGGGGUUGGCACUAUGAAGAUGGCCACCACACGACCGAAGUCACCCCGUCCCAAUACUCCACGGAAGGAUGAGCCCAACGAGUCCUUCUGGGAUAAAAUCGGGACUCUGGGACGCAAGAAGAAGAUCAAGGAAGUCCAAGAGGUGCAGCAUGAGGGGAAAUAUGCCAUUGACUCCCCAGGCUCUCCGAUGUCCGUUGAUGUCCCUCCUGACGACUACAACUUAGGGGACAACGAGGAGAGGUCAAUGAUAGAGCCGCGAUCCUACGACGACCCCAAACUGAAGGAACUAAUACUGAUUCUGGUGGACUGGAUCAAUGACACCCUGGCUCCUGAACGUAUCAUCGUCAAGGAUAUCGAAGAGGAUCUGUAUGACGGCAUGGUCUUCCACAAGCUAAUAGAGAGCCUGACGAGGAACACCUUAGACGUGCAGGAAGUGACACAGAGCGAGGCUGGACAGAAGCAGAAGCUGGCUAUUGUCCUCAACGCUGCUAAUCAUAUUCUAGGUAUUAAUCGUAUGGAGCCUAAGAAGUGGUCGGUUGAGUCCAUCCACUCCAAGAACAUUGUGGCUAUCCUCCACCUCCUGGUCUCCCUCGCCAGGCACUUCCGCGCGCCCAUCAAGAUGCCGGAGAACUGCAUCAUUAAGGUGGUCAUUGUACAGAAGAGGGAUGGCCAGCUGCACCAUCGCAUUGUGGACGAGGAGCUGACGGGAACCUACGACGACCUGGGCUUGAGGUGCGAGAGGGACGCCUUUGACACACUCUUCGACCAUGCCCCUGACAAGCUGCAGGUCGUCAAGAGGUCUCUCAUCACAUUCGUUAACAAGCAACUCAACAAGAUCAACUUAGACGUGAUGGACCUGGAAAACGACUUCAAUGACGGAGUGUACCUGUGUCUCCUGAUGGGGCUGCUGGAGGGCUACUUUGUCCCCCUCCACCACUUCCACCUUACACCGAAGACGUUUGAGGAGAAAUUCCACAACGUGUCUCAGUCGUUUGAGCUGAUGAUGGAUGCUGGCCUGGCCAAACCCAAGGCAAGACCAGAAGAUAUUGUGAACAGUGACCUCAAAUCCACACUGCGGGUUCUGUACAAUCUGUUCACCAAAUACAAGAAUGUUUCCUAAGUCUCUCACAUAAAGAACCACAAUGCCUGAAUCUGGAGAACUACAUACUUAAGAACUGCAAAAUGAGCAAGACCAAAUUCAUAAGGACAAACACCCACUAGCACCCUCUCCCAUAGCAUCCAAUCCCAGCCAAACCUCACACAAUUCCCUCAACACUUUGAUUCCUGCAGUGUGUCCCCAGUGAAGCUCUCGACACCCUGGCACCAUGCUGUGGCCUCCAGGGAUUCUUGCCACCUCGAAGACACCCCCUUCCCUCGAGUACUCCUACCCACUCCCUCCUUCCAGCUUCCCUCCAGUGCCAGGGGCCUUAAGUUAUGUAUUGUUGGGGAGAAGCGAAGAUGUGUGGUGUAAUGUAGGUAAAGUUGAUAGUGUAAUGUGAGUUUGAGAUGAGGACUUAGUAGUUAAUUAAGGAAUGAUGUGCCAAAGAGCAGCAAAAAGGGUUAAUCUUGUUUGUAAAGGAAAGUAGAAAGUUGUAAUGCAAACUUGAGGAAAGUGCCUAUUUUUUUAAAUGGUGUAGCUGGUGUAAUUUUAACUCAAGGAAAUUGUUAUUAUUAUUAUUUUAUUUAUGUUCUUUUUAAUCGUAUUGGUAAAAGAUUGUGAGUUGAAGUGUUUUUAUCCAUUGUGUUGGUUUUUAACAUUUAUCAGUGUGUGUUUCAAGGUGUAGCAUACACAGGUAGUGAAUAUCAAGAUGGAAGGGCUUGAAAACACACACACACACACACACACACACACACACACACACACACACACACACACACACACACACACACACACACACACACACACACACACACACACACACACAGCUUUUAUUACACACAUCAGUAAGAAAAACAUAUUAGUCACUCGUAUAAAUGCUUAGAGAAAUGUACAGUUUAGCAGUAGAAUGACAGACAUUGAUGAGGGAAAAACUGGAUGCACCAUUACAGAAGCAAGACUGAAAACACCCAUACACACAACACACAAACAAAGGUUUUAUCACACACACGUCAGUAAGAAAAAUGUAUUAGUUACUCAUAAAAAUGCUUAGAAAAAUGUACAGUUUAGCAUUGCAUGAGGGUGACAGGCCAGAUUUGUGUCACUUUCCCUUGUUUUGACAGUGACGGUAUCAGGGAAGCCUUACACUUCCCUGAGAGUGAGCGUAAGGAUGAGGGAGGUUUAGAGUUUAUGAGUGUGACACCUCCAGACACCUUGGCCUUAGUCUGGGAAGUGAAGGGUUAAUGGUGCCUUUCACUAACUAAUGUUAAGUCUGUCACCUGUGCCUCAGAACAUUACACAUUGAAAUUAACAAUAGGUUUUAUCUUAGCGUUAUCAGUAAGUACGGAUCGGAUUUUAAAAUAUGUAUAGUUCUAUUGCAAGUAUGCCUAACAUAAUAAUUUACUAAUCUGUUAACACUGUUUUUUAUAAGACGUUUAUAAGAUUUGUAAUGAUGUGCACAAAUUGUUGGCAAAAUGGUGCUCUUCUUAAGUCUUCAUCUGUGGCGGCAACAGCAGUACCUGAACCACAGAUUGCUUGGUCAUCAGCGCCAGGUGAGGCCACAGCCGCUCUCAGCCCCACCUCACACCACAGUACACGUCAUUAAAGCUACACUGCUGCAGAAGACACACACACACACACACACACACACACACACACACACACACACACACACACACACACACACACACACACACACACACACACACACACAUCACUUCAUGAUGUUUGGGAGUCAACAUAAAAGCAUUAGAGAAUAAGGGAAACAGCAAGAACCCACGAGGCCUACACAUGGCAUUCUCUAAGUUAUUGCCAUAGUCUGUUUCUUGAAGCACACUCAAAAAACUCUUCACUGAGGAAUUGUCAGUUUAAAACAAUAUCCCUUGAAGCACUGUGACUCAGAAAACACCACACUGAGGAAUUAUCAGUUUAAAACAAUUUAUUUCUUGAAGCACUGACUCAAAAACACUACACUUCUGCAGCACUGUGGCCUUAGAAGUAUGGUGCAUAAAACACUUCACUCAGGCAUUGGUAUUUUUCAACAAUCCAUUUCUCAAACCAUGUGACUCAGAAAUGGCACACUUCUGAAGCACUGUGGCCUUAGAAGUGUAGUGCGGUGCUGAGGUGAGGGCUGAGUGUGAGGGUGAAGGUGCCAAGGUGCUUCCACUGAGGGAGGCACAUCUUGCAGGGCCAGUGUGCUCUCUACACUAGAAGCUUUAAUGUGUUCACUAAGGGGGAUGAGGUGGUCCUCCUCCUUCCCCCUCUCGCUGUAGUCACAAACGCAAUGUGUCUUCAAAAUGCGAUAGGAUGUAAUGUUAAUGUGUAUGCCAGUAUUAACCUAGAAAUCUUAACCCUUUGACUGCUGCAGCUUCUUACUCUGAAAUUAUAUUCUUGUAAAGUUUAGCUAAGGGUUUUAGCAAGACUACUCACAACAAAAGGUACGAGAUGUCUAGUAAAGUUUAGUAACUGUAGCUGAAUUUUUGAUAAAUGCUGAGGGUCGCUUAAAUCACAUCUGCCACUAGCAAUCAAAGGGUUAACUAUUAGUUUUAUGCGGGGCACCUCGCCGGCGUGUGUCCGUGACGUGCUGCCGAUGACGACACUCUCAGUGAUCUUGGCAGUUCCUGGGAGCUUAGUGCCUUGUCUUGUCCUGGUUGUUAAUAAUGCUUGUAGAGUCUAUCACAUUAGGGGUAAGCUGUUCACUCAACCAUAAGCAAAGGCAGAUGGAUGUUGUAAUGUGGAGGUCACUUUUAAGAUACCUUGUUUUAUUCUUUUCUGUUUUUGUUCCCUGUUGUCUCCCAGUUAGAAGUAUGUUGAAGUUUAAUGCACAGAGAGAAACAUGAGGUACAGGCUGGGUUAGAUAGAAUGAAGUGCAUAUUUUGUCUUGUUCAGUAGCAGACCCAUUCAAGGUUGUGUGACAGUGUUGGUUGUUAAACAUGAAAAACCAGAUGAAAACAAAAUUUAUUCACUAAACUUAUAAUCAUCAAAGUUAGUAUAACUGGACUUUUGUGGAAUUAAUAAGUUUGAGGCACAUAUAUAUAAUGGACAGCAUUAAUAUUCUGGCCUAUUUAGCCUUGAUGCACACAAUACAAGGCCUGGCAAGUCUUGUAAUCAUGAAUAACAAUCAGGAAUUACAGAUAAACUUGAGUAUAUAAGAAGGUUCCAAAACAAACAUAAUUCCAGGUGUUUUCUUUACUCAGUCUCAAAGUAGACUAAUCUAUUCUUCCAUUUUCUAUACUCAACCUCAAAGCACAGACUAAUUUAUUCCUCCCAGUAUCCAAUAAUUUUAAUUCUUUUCUAUACCCAGUCUCAGAGCGCAGACUAAUUUAUUCCUCCCUAUAUCCAUUCAUUUUAGUUCUUUUCUAUACUUGGCCUCAAAAUAUCAGUGUGUGCCUAAGUAUCAUCAGUGUGCCUCCCACCUCACCUUAACCAGCACUACCUGUAGUCAGUGGAGGUAACAGAUGACCCUCUACCAGUCCUGGGAUGAGUUACCUUAAUGAACCAUUGUAACUCUAAUUUAUAUCACUAGUCUAAGGUAAUCUGAGUUUGCAUUUACAUAGUCGCUGAGCACUAGUAUGCACAGGCUCGAGUGUGUGUGUGCAUGUCCUCUUAAAAUUAAUGGCACUUAUAUAUCUCAACUGGACUUUGAUGUGUUGGAAGUAGAAUUGUAAUGAUAAACUGCUGCACAAGCCAAACAUGUUCCCAUCACACACCUAUUUGUUUUUUUUUUUAGUUUAUUUAUUUAUUUUUUAUUCACUUGAGCACCAACAUACCCACCCGUAAUGGUUCUAUGAUGUGCCUUUUAAUAUAGCUUUUUUUUUUUUAUACAUAUAUUUCCCCAUGUAUAAUGUUCAGUAUUUGUCAUGUAUACAUACACGUGUGACGGUGCUCAGUCCAUGCAGCGUACAGCAAUGUUUAAACAAAGUACGACACUAAUUAUUACCUAUUUAUCACCCAACGUAGCACAGUUUUCACAUAAAGCAAGAUGGUUUUAAUACCUCUUCAUUAUUUAUGCCAAUAUACAGUAAUCUCCACAGUAAGUACAACAAUCUCACAUGUUUGUUUACGCCACUGUAUAAUUUUCAAGUAACGACAAUCAGAGCCUUGUGUUGUCUUGGGGCCAUAUUCUGAAACACCUCUGUAUCUCACCUCCACUACAUUUAAAACCCUCUAGUUAAAGACACAUGGAUUUUCAAGGGUGUUUUUGUUUCUAGUGACAGAUUAACAAGAUUUCUACACUAUGAGCAAGAGAAACACUCUUGAGAACCCAGCUAAUCAUCUCCGUGACCUUGGGAAAAAAGUCGUGGUGAGAACAGAGUGUUUCAGAAUAUCGGCUUUGGUGUGUAGCUUCUUGUGGGUGAGGGAUGAGUGUGUAGGCAACAGUGACAUACUCUAGUGUCUCUCUGGUGCCUUGUUAAUGUAUAGCAGAACACGUAAAUGAAGAUAAGUGCCUAUUUGUACCCACAGGACUGAAUAAUGUGAUGUCUCAUUAAAUCCAGAUACAAGGGAAUGAAAUAAGUGAUGUCAUAAUGUUCUUGAUAAAUUUUUGGCGUUUUGUGGCAAGCGUUUCCAUUCCAUAUGAAGAAUAGAUAACUUGACAGCCUCUAAUUCAUUCAGUCGUUAAUCUAAUCCCCACAAAAGGGAGGUAAUAAAGGAUAUCAGUAAUUAAUUGUCUCCAACUCAAACCAAUAGAUAAAAUAACAAGCUAUGUAUCAUUCCAUCUUGUGAAUCAGAUUUUUUCCCCUGAGAAAAUCAAAAUUAGACAUCACACUUGUUCCUGUACUGAUGAGGUGUCUUAAUAGUUAAAAAUACUUAAGUCUAAUUGCUUUCAUUGGUGAAUUUGUACAGGGAAAUGAAAUGUGCCAAACACAUCUAAUUUAGUGAUGAAUGGAGGAGUGCAAGGUUGUCUUCAGUUCACAGUGAGAACAUGCUUUCUUGGACUCUUGGGCAACUGGCAACUGAGACAGAAGCAAAAGGAAGUUGAGGAAAGAGUGAGAUAGAGACAAAGGUGUGUUGUAAAUCAAACUAAUGAAACUUUAACAAACA